CAUACAAACAGUACAAACUACAACAACAAAACAUACAAACAGAUUUACAAACAUUACAGACGUAUGAACUGUACAAACAAUACAAACUAGACCGACAAACAAUACAAACCAUACAAAAAAAGUAAAAAAACCGGGUUGACUUUGGAGGCUCCAUCCCUAUAUAGAGGGCUUCAUCUCAAAGUCAACCCGGUUGUUUUUUAGACAUACAAACAUUACGAAUAUGGUGGGCAAAAAUGACAAACUAGACCGACAAUUCAUACAAACUGGAAAAAACACCCAGUUGACUUGGGAGGCUCCAUCCCUAUAUAGAGGAGUUCCAUCCAAAAGUCAACCAGGUUGUUUUUUAGACAUAAAAAGCAUUACAAACAUGGUUGACAAAAAUGAUAAACAUGGUGCACAAAAAUAACAAAGUUUACAAACAUUACAAAAGAAACCGACAGACAUUACAAAAUAACAAAGCGUACAAACAUUACAAAAUAAACCGACAAACAGUACGAAGCAUACUAACCGUACAAAAUAUCACUAAAAUGACAAACAAGAAUGCUAAACAAUACAAACCGAAUCUAUACAAACAUUACAAAAUAGGUCCACAAACAUCACAAAUCCAGCACUGUCACCGGAAAGUCUCCUCCGAUCGCUGGAAAAGUAUUCUCUCUCUCUCUCUCUCUCUCUCUCUCUCUCUCUCUCUCUCUCUCUCUCUCUCUCUCUCUCUCUGUGUGUGUGUGUCUCUCUCUCUCGGUCUCUCUCGGACGCACCAAAAAUGGAAAUGGUGGCUCCCUGGGACUAAAAAAUGGUUGGAAUGCAGAAAAAGGUGCCGCUGGAAAAUCAUGGACGGACGGCGGAGAGGACGGUCGGCUGCGGCGGGCAUCCUGGACGGCGGGAAAUUUCUGCGGCGGGGAGGACAGGCCUUCCUGCGGAAUCUCUUUUUAUUAUUAAUUAUUAAAAAAUAAAAUAACAAUAAACCAUGCAAUUACUAUAUUACCCUUCAUUAAAUUGAAUUAAUUGGAGCUAUUGGAUUUUAAUGAGUUUGAAGGGUUGAGAUCGAUUUAGACAAGUGACUAAGAGACUCCCUUAGUCACCUGAUCUUAGCGUGAUGAUGAGGUAUUAGUUGUUGACCUUUGUCUAGUUUAAUGAAGGUGAUUUUAUAAUUUUCAAUCUUUGAUGAUCAAUCGACAUAAUUUAUCCAUAAAUUAAAACUAACGGUAAUAGGCUCGUUCAGGAAUCGUCAACAAGUUCAAGAGCCAGGACAGGUUAUAUCGUAGUUAAAGGGCCAUCUUUGAGACAGUGGUAAACUUGAGGAUCAAAUUUGACAUUUUGGCCCUAAAACAAAAAGGAAAUUGGUAACCGGAAAUUUCUUACUUGUUCCCUAAGAAGCAUUAGGUCUUCUGAAAAUAUAAAUCAGAUAGCACUGGAUCAGUGAAGGCCUAAAGCUUAUUUACUUCUAUCAAUCGAACUUCUUCUUUGCCGCUGCUCCUCCCGCUAGGAUCGUCGCUAGGAUUCUCUACCAUGGAUACUACUCUUCAGGAUCUGAAUGCUCCCCACUCGAUGGGCACCACCAUCAUCGGCGUCACUUACAAUGGCGGGGUCAUCCUCGGUGCAGAUUCCCGUACCAGCACCGGAAUGUACGUCGCUAACAGGGCUUCGGACAAGAUCACCCAGCUCACAGAUAACGUCUACGUCUGUCGCUCGGGAUCGGCUGCUGAUUCCCAGAUUGUUUCUGACUAUGUUCGAUACUUCUUACAUCAACACACCAUUCAAUUGGGACAGCCUUCAACCGUGAAAGUGGCUGCAAACCUUGUCCGCUUAUUAUCUUAUGGCAAUAAGAACAUGCUACAAACUGGUAUCAUAGUUGGUGGGUGGGACAAGUAUGAAGGUGGGAAAAUUUAUGGAGUUCCUCUUGGUGGAACAUUGGUAGAGGCACCCUUUGCGAUUGGAGGAUCUGGCUCCAGUUACUUAUACGGGUUCUUUGAUCAAGUUUGGAAAGAAGGCAUGACCAAAGAGGAAGCAGAGCAAUUAGUGGUGAAGGCCGUUUCCCUUGCCAUAGCAAGAGAUGGUGCUAGCGGUGGUGUCGUUCGUACUGUAGUUAUUAACUCUGAUGGAGUGACGAGAAACUUCUACCCUGGUGAUACUCUACCUCUGUGGCAUGAAGAGUUGGAGCCGCAUAACUCGUUGUUGGAUAUACUCAAUGCACAGGGACAAAGCCCUGAGCCAAUGAACAUAUGAAGGAAGGUAUGGGGAUGGUAGAUGGUGUUGGGUUUUCCUAGUUAUGCUGGGAAAACCCCUUUUCAGUAUCAGUUGGUUUGGUUCUAUGUACACCUUCCAUUUCAAAAAAGUUCUGGGUUUAUGAAUUACCUGGUGAGCUGCUGCAUUUGUAAUGUACUGUGUUUGGAUCUUUUUUAGUGCAUUACUUAAGAUGUUCUGUUUAAAUCUGCGUGACCAUUGACCACACUUCACCGGGUUCCUAUGUUGUCUGGCUGCCUGUAUAUCGUUUUCCUUCGUCCACCGUCACAUCUGUAUCCUAAACCACAGAACAACUGGUCCGUUAACAUCCCUGGAUGUAAACGGUGGUGCAAUGAUACGGUAUGUGAGCAGUGAGCACACUUUGUUUGUGGUCUGUGGAGGAUGUGGAAGUCGCAAAAUAAUGUAGUGAUUUAUGAGCAUGUUUAGCCCCUGAUUGCUGCUCGAUUUUCCCAUCAAGUUCCGAGGUUGUUUCAGCUCCCUGUUCGACCCUGUAUGCUUCCUCGACUGCUAGCCUGUUCCACUCUUGCUAGUCGGCUAAAGCUCAACCUUGAUGCCGCUGUUCUCCCUUUCAGUUCGACGUGUGAUCGUUGGUGGCUGUACUCCCCUGAGUUCGAUGUACUUUGGGCGGUUCAUGUUAGUGUUCGAUUGCACGAACCGCUUCCAAAUUCCAAUCGAGUUCGGUCCCUCACGUAGGGUUGUGAUUCGUUAGCUUAAAUCAAGCCCUGAUCGGGAG